UUUUUUAAAAUAUAUGUAUAUAUCCAAGAAAUGGAAAAGGAAAACCAAACCAAUGUGUCUGAAUUUCUCCUCCUGGGCCUCUCAAUUUGGCCAGGACAGGAGGGACUUCUUUUUGCACUUUUUUUGUGUAUCUACUUAGUAGGGCUACUUGGAAACAUGCUAAUCUUGCUCACCAUUGGCUCAAACCAUCACCUUCAUAUACCCAUGUAUUUCCUCCUUGCCAAUCUGUCCUUAGUAGACAUCUGCCUUCCUUCAGCUACCGUUCCCAAGAUGCUACUAAACAUCCAAACACAGACUCAGUCUAUCUCAUAUUCCAGUUGUUUAACUCAGAUGUAUUUCUGUAUGAUGUUUGCCAACAUGGACAAUUUCCUUCUCACAGUGAUGGCAUAUGACAGAUAUGUGGCUAUCUGUCACCCCCUGCACUACUCCACAAUUAUGAGCCAGCAUCUCUGUGCCUCUCUAGUGGCUGUACCUUGGACUGUUGCCACUUUAAACCCUCUCCUGCACACCCUUAUGAUGGCCCGUCUGCACUUCUGCUCUGACAAUGUCAUCCACCAUUUCUUCUGUGAUAUCAACUCUCUCCUCCCUCUAUCCUGCUCUGAUACCAGUCUUAAUCAGCUCAUGGUUCUGGCUGUCAUAGGGUUGAUCUUUGUGAUACCUUCAGGUUGUAUCCUGGCAUCCUACUGCCUUAUUGUUACUGCUGUGAUGAAAAUCCCUUCUACCCAAGGAAAAUUCAAGGCUUUCUCCACCUGUGGAUCUCACCUUGCUUUGGUCAUUCUUUUCUAUGGAGCAAUUACGGGUGUCUAUAUGAGCCCCUCAUCCAAUCAUCCAACCAAGAAAGAUUCAGCUGCAUCAGUGAUUUUCAUGGUCAUAGCCCCAGCGUUGAAUCCUUUUAUUUAUAGUCUAAGGAACAAUGAGCUGAAGACAGCUUUAAGGAAGGUUCUAGGCCAGAGAAAAAUCUCUCAGUGA